GGUGGCUGUCUGCAACAAACUUGACCGAGAAGUCAGAAUGGAACUCAGCUUGUUCAAUGAGCAGGAAAAAAUACCUACCAUCUCAACAUAAAUGUAUCAAAACUUUGGUCAAAUAUCUGCAUAAAUAAAGUGCGGAUCGUUUAUGCAUAUAAAAUUAUGCUCAUCCUGUAAGUAACAAAGGCCUGAAAGGACGGCGGUUGCAGAUGAAAAGCGACGACGAAGUUCACUUCCAAGUGUUCCAUGUUCCUUUGAAGUCAACAGAUGCAGCCCCACUCCUCAUCGCCAUAGCAGUCGUAGCAACCUCUGUGGUCAUUCUGGGAACUUUCUUUGGAUGCAGGUUCUUCUGGAAGAAGAGAAACGGAGGACCGACUGAAGGUGCAACAUCUGCAAUGUUCAGCAUCAACAACCCCAGCUCUGCCGAUGAAGGAAUAGUACCAACACAAGAACACUUCGGAGCAGUUUCUCACCCAGAACCCCCCAGACCAAGUUCAUGUCAUGACAGUGAAAACAGCCUCUAUGGCGCAAUCAUCCCCCGUUGAUUCAGCAGUCAGGAACAGAGGCAUGACGUCACUUGUGGGCAAAGUUGAACAUGUCUGAUUUGUGUAGUAUGCCCUGAUCCAUAAGCAAUUAUCGAACUGCGUCAGUUUUUUAAAUCAAAAGAAACCAUUUUGUAAAUGAAAGGUAUAUGCCUCUAUGAAAAUCUGUACCAUUUGAAAAAUUCACUAGAAUUUUUAUUUUUCAUUUUCUUUUAUUUGUAGAAAAUUUUUAAUCAGAUUGUUGAUAGAUGAUUUAUGAUUGACAAAUAACUGUAACUAAAUACGAUUGGUUUGGUAAGAAGGGCUCGAAAGGACUGUUUUCCUUACGGUAAUAAAAUUUGUGAUGAGCUUUUUCUUGGCUGCUGUCCUUCAUAAUUUGCUGAUUGAAAAUGACAUUAUAUUGCCUGAAUCGAAGCUCUUGUUUAUUAGCUUUAUUUACUUAAAGAUUUUCGAAAGUUUUAAUGUACACUGAAGACUCCAGAGGGGCAUCAUCCCUGUUUAUCUGAUCCUAAAUCACUGGGUCCUUCUUUUGAAAGUUUGUCUACAAAACGAAACUAGAGAAAUAGCCAUUACUUUAUCAGUAAAUUAAUGAAAGAACCCGGAUAGGACAUGAAUCUGUUCACGCAAAUGCCCAUUGGCUGGAUAUCCUGCCACACUAAAUUUUUCGUUUUUGUCUAUUUUCAAAAUAAUGUUGAAGUGAUCACCAUUAUAUAAUUCAAGAGGAUCCUUAGAGCAUUGCACUCAGCCAUAUUUAUUUGUAAAAGACAUAUAGUAAGAAGACUCAAAUUUUUUUUUACAAUUUGGUGAUUUACGGAUUCUAGACUCUUCACUAGCUAAAGUUUAAAAUGAUACUAGUCUUAUACUUGGAGACAUACGAGAAUAUGGCUCAGUCAGCAACAAGGUUAGACAAAUUUGUUAAUAUCCUCUUAGCUAGUGAUACUCUGAACUUCCUAGUAAUUUUUUUGUAUAAACCUCUUUCUAUUUGUUGGCAGGAAUUCCUGUCACUGGUCAUUAAUGUGUUAAUUAAUAAAGUGUACAAUUUAUUUAGUCUCUAAAAUAUAAUUGAUGAAUAAAUAUGUGGCUGUAAAACUCACCUGAUAGCUCCUCUAACUUAUCGUCUGCUCAAAAUACAUCAGGUACAACACUGGACCUCCUUCCUGUCACUAGCCUCAAGUAGUAGUGAUAGCAGCAGGUGUUCGGUUCUGAAACAGCUCUCUCCUCU